CUCCAUUUGUUGCUAUAAAUACAUGCGUCCUGUGUGAGGUUCAUCCACACUUUCACAUAAAUAAAUUACUCCCUAAUUUGUUAUGUAAACAUGACUACAAUGUUGGCUCUAAUAUGAGAAAUGAAUCACGCCAAAACUACAUCAAAAUGCAGCCAAGAGUUGUUGACUGAAGAUAUAAUUUGUGAGAAAACUUGAAUAGAUGUGAAUUACAGGGAAAUAAUGUUAUAAUAUGCACUUUUUGUGUAUGGAUGGCUGAGAUGCUGUUAACCUAUAAACUCACCGAUCCAGAUCCUACCAUUCAAAUUCUUUACGGUUGCAAGGCAAGAAAGUAUCAAGGAAACUAGGUUAACAUUCUCAGGAUGGCUAAUUAUCAUUAAACCAGGAUGGAGGCAUGAGUUGGACAUGUGGUAUCUUAUUCGUUUUCAGUAGAAAAAACCUUUGAAGGUGAUAUUUGGAAUGGAAAGUAGCACUUGCUGACACUUGAUCAUCUAAUGAAAAACCUAACUGUUCUUAUUAAAGUUCUCACUUUCCUUUUUGGGAUCUCCCUUAUUUAAGUUCACACUUCCAUUUUAGGAAACAAAACAAUCCAAACAGUGUCCAAACAGUGUCCAAACAGUGUCCAAACAGUGUCCAAACAGUGUCCAAACAGUGUCCAAACAGUGUCCAAACAGUGUCCCAACAGUGUCCCAACAGUGUCCCAACAGUGUCCAAACAGUGUCCAAACAGUGUCCCAACAGUGCCAAACAGUGCCAAACAGUGCCAAACAGUGCCAAACAGUGCCAAACAGUGCCAAACAGUGCCAAACAGUGCCAAACAGUGCCAAACAGUGCCAAACAGUGCCAAACAGUGCCAAACAGUGCCAAACAGUGCCAAAACAGUGCCAAAACAGUGUCAAACAGUGUCAAACAGUGUCAAACAGUGCCAAACUAUGAUAGAGUAGAUUAUUAGGUUAGUAAAUAUUCUAAUAAAAUAUUUGAUAGAUUUAAUAGAGUAAAUAGAUGCAUACCCUGAACUAUGCCAAGUCUUAACAAUUUUGAGAAGAUUGGCCGAUGAAAUAAUAAAUGAGGUCACAUGACAACAUCUACAUGUUUCACUGGGUCCUCGAAUGUAAAAAAUUCAAUGAAAAUAAAUUCAUUUAUAAUAAAUUUGCCCGUAGAAAAUCGUAGAGGCGGUUUUGUAUAAUUGAAAAGUUAUUAAACUGAACUUAAGUUAAAUAUGAGUUUUGCAAAAUUAUGUUUUUAAAAUACAACCUACAAUAUAUUUGACCCUUCUUUGGGUGAUGUUUAGGUGUGAAAAAAUAAAAACUUUGGUAAUUGAAAUUCACACAUUGUGUGGUGUAAUAACACAGCACAUGUGUGGGAAGCAUGCCUUGGUUCCAUUGUUAAACUCAAUGGAAACAGGGAACAUGUAAUUAUAUACUAUCAGAAAUUAAAUUUUACUCAAUAGUAUGUUUUUUCUGUUGAAAGGGUGUUCAUCAAAUAUCAGUGAUGAAUGGGGAAAUUUUUUUGGAAUGGCAAUUGAUACAUUGUGUUGAGGCCUAGGGGAAGUUUGGAUUGAAGAUGUGCGAAGGACUGAAAGUGCUGAACACAGGUUCAUUGAUCAGGGGAAGUUCUAUUAUUUUAAUUAUCAUUUAACACCGAAUAUUGAAAACUACUCUAGACAUAGAGUCUGGGUUCUAUUGCUAAAUUUAAGGGAACUACUCUAUGUAAAUGUACAUAAUAAUUUGUUUUGCAGUUGAAAGAAAAAGUUUUAUGAUUGGUCUUCUGUAUUUAGAUUUUUUUAGAAGAGUUUCUUUUUUGAGAAAAAUUGUUUUCACGAAACCACUCUAAAUCACACAACAAUGUUGAGGAAAAUGGUUUUUUUGGAAUAAUAUUUUCAGAAUACUACUAUAAGUCACAACACAUGUUGGGGUAAAUUGUUUACUUGGAAAAUUGUUGUUGAUUUCAACCCUUUGAAGUUAGUUGUCUCAUAAUAUACAUAUAAGAGCGUAGCGGCAUGGAAAAAAAUUCAAAUGGACACAAUGUGUAGAGGAGCGUACCUGGGGUCUAGCCCGGAGUUGGGCAUGUCACAAGAACAAAAGAGAUAGAAGCAUCAAAUAUCCCUGCACAUUUCAACAUAUAGACAUUUGUUAGAAACUUCAUAAAUGCAACCUUCAUGUUCUGCAAAAUUAAGUUAGUUUUAUCUAAGAUCUAAAUAGGAUUCCAUUUCAUGAUUUAAGCAAAUUCAGAAUAAUUUUUUUGCAGAAUAUCUACAUGUGCAGAAAGAGUGCAUUUUUUGUUAUCAGAUAAUAUACCAAUGGGCACCGCCUGAUUGGCUGGCAUGUCUAAGGCAAUUAGUUUUACUUUGGCAAUUCGUAUAAUAGAUUUUAUCUUAUACAAACAAAUCAUCAAGUUGAUUAAAUAAUAAAUAUCAUCAGCGAUUCAAUGCAUUCUUUGAUUAUAUAGCUAUAGUUAAAAUGUUGUAAUCCUUGAGGACUGUGCAGAAGGGUGGAAAAUAUAUAAUGUCCAAAAAAUUCCUAACUGACUUUAGUUAAAACACUUCUAAACCAAUUGAUUUAAAAUUUACAUCCUUUAAUUGACAGUAAAUUGACUUUAGUAAGAUAACAUCCUUAAGGACUUGCAAUUGAUUUUAGCUUAAAAAAAUAUUUGACCCUUCUUUUGAGAGUUUAAUUUCCCUUUUGUGACCACAAACCAUCACUUAUGAGAGACAGACCCUCAAAUAACUUAUUUCUUGAAACUGUUUUGAAAUAAAAGUUUUGGGUGGUCAAUGAAAGAAAGACCAUCAGAUAAGUGAGAUUUAUGUCAAAAGGUGCUAUCCAGAAAUGCUUUCUAGCCAAAGCUACUAAGAUUGAGUGAGGCACUUGAAGUUCAUAUCUCUAACGUUUGCUCUCUAGACAGUUGAUCAUACAUUGAGACUACGAUGUAUUCACGGUGUGUGUACACAAACACACAGUACUUACUAAAAUUUGUUUCUGGAUUAAAACCCAUAAGUUUAACUAUAUACGGAGUAUAUAAUAUCUUUCAAACAACACAUAUAUUAACAUGGUAUAAUAUCAUUCAUUAUAUAAUAGUAGUAUAUUACUAAAUACAUACUCCCUCCGUCCCUUAUAACAUUGUCAACUUUCCCUUUUUGGAUGUCCCACUAGCUUUGCCACUUUCCCUUUUAAGUAAAGAAUUUGUGGUUAUGGUUCAUUCUCUCUCUUCUGCACAAACUUCAACCACACAGUUUUUACUUUAUUAUUCCCCGUGCCGGUCAAACUUGCUAAAGUUAUUAGGGACGGAGGGAGUAUAUGAUGUAUUCACGGUGUAUGCACAUAUAUUAAAACAUUUACUUCCUCCGUAUAUAUAGUCCAAGUGAAAACAAAUCUGGUGUAUUUCUCAAAGCUAUGUUUACUCCAACUAUAUUUAUACACAAUUUUAAGUAAAAGUUUUAAUAUAUGCGCAUAAUAACAUGGCUAAAACAAAAGAAAUUGCUAGAUUUUAGUCAUAUUACCCAAUUUCAGGAAAAAAACCCUUGUGGUUAUUUGAAUACAAGAUCUGGAUGUAGAAAUGAUAGAAUAACUAGAAAAUGAACAAAUCUUGAAGUGAGAUCGUGUCAAAGAAACAUGCACUGGUCAUGGUCUCAUGAAUCGUUCAGAGGCAUAAGAUGAAAUUUUUGGCGUAAACAAUAAUAAUACGGAGUAAAUAAAAAGUUAAAGAUUUACAUCUAUCAUUUCUAAAGAUCUGGGUGGGAAGGUAUGCAUGAUGCAUCCCAUUGAGGAAAAAUCAUUGUUAAACCUUCGGCUAAAAUAAACUGAGAAAUUCGAAUAGCAAUGGGCGACGGUCGCACAAAACAAGGUAAAAUUAUGAAAAUUAAACGGAAAAUUAUCAGAUCUGAAAAUUAAAGCUUCCCGUGAGAGAUUAAGUAAGUAGGUCUUUUUUAUAUGAAUGGAAGAAAGGGAAGGAGGUGAAUGUAUGCAUCCGGUGGAGGAGCUAGGGGGGGGCAAGCGCCCCCGCUCCGACUAAUUUUUUUUACUAGUAUUACUUAUAAUAUGUUUCUUGCCCCGACUUCUUUUUUAAUUUUAAAAACAAUAAGUUCAACUUAAGUUUAUUUUAAGAUUAAGUGUUAAAAUAAAUAAAAAAGUAUUUUCAGAAAAAGUAAAAAAAAUGAAAUAUAGAAUAAAAGGGGAUUAAUGUAUGUAAUACAUUUGGCAUCCCAAUUUGCCAAUAAUCCGGAGUAGCUCAGUGGAGACAGGUAACACUCCCUUCGUAUCACCCGUGUUCGAAUCCCCCCAGGACGGAUUAAGUUAAACUUGUUUUGCUUUUCUUCCGCCCCAAUUCUUCCAAUUUUAUUUUCUUCAGCCUACAACUCGUCCCACACCGGAUGAAAUAGAGGAUUCACUCCUCAUUUGAGCCUAUAUAAUCGCUCCUUCAUAGUUGAUAAAGAUUAAGUUGCUAGUAAAGCUUGAGUGCAAGUAUUAGCUACAAUAUAAACAAAUAUUGAAUACCCAUUCGGUUUUUGUGAAAAAACCGAAUAACCGGACCGAAAAUUCGGUGUCCAAAAAAUUGGGUCCCAACUUAGAUCGGUUCGGUUUCGGGUUAUAGAAUAUACGAAACCGAAAGAUCGGUUCGGUUCGGAUAUUUCCUAUUUCGGUUCGGUUCCCGAACCGAAUCCAGCCCUAGUUCUCACUUCUCCCCAUUUGUUCUCAGAUUCUGCAAUUUUCAAGUAAGUUUCUCAUCUGCCAAUUUAUGCCCAUAUUAAUUAUUUGCUCUCACCCCUAACGAAAAGUCAAAAAUUAUUUGUGUGAAUCCUCAAAUCUCAGUUCUAGAUGCAAUUUAAUGCUAUUUGUAUAAGGAACAUUUUUAAUUCAUACUUAUUUUUGUUAUAUUUAGGAGUAUGAGUUUGGAUAAAUUUGUAAUUAAGACUAAGAGGUCUUUGAUUGGAGGUGUUAGUUCUUCAAUUGUUCCUAAUCAGUCUAUCUCUAGUGUUGAAAAUGCCACUGCGUCAAAUGAAAAUAUUGCUAGAGAUGAGAGGAAUGAGAGGGACAAGAGAGCCCGAACAGAAAGUACACAUGAAUGGGAUAAUAUUAGUGAUCCGUUUUUACGAAAACCAAUUAAUGAAUAUGCGUCGGGGAUUAGGGAUGAUGUGAUGAGAGCAUAUGUUGUUAAAGGUGCUUGUCAACCAGCAUCUCAUAAGUUUCCACGAACUGAAUUUGGUAAGACAUUAAGGAGCUUUCGAGGAGAGUGGUUUAAAACUUGGGAAUGGUUGGAAUAUAGUAUUUUUAAAGAUGCCGCUUUCUGUUUUUGGUGUUACCUUUUUCAUGGGCAUGAAGGAAAGAGAUUUGGUGAUGAUGUGUUUGUGAGGACCGGAUUUCGUAAUUGGAAGAAAGCUCCUGAAAAAUUUAGAUAUCAUGUUGGUAUUGUAGAGAGUGUGCACAAUGAUGUUAGAACACAAUUUUUUGCUUUCAAAAAUCAAAAACAAAGUAUUUCAAGAAGUCUCUCUUCAGGAACACAACUGUUGGGUGCGGCAUACCGUACUCGUUUGAAUGCAAGUGUGGAUUGUGCUAGAUUUUUAAUUGCACAAGGAUUGGCUUUUCGUGGUCAUAAUGAGCGAGAGAGCUCAUUAAUUACCUUGUUGUAGGUUAUAGACCAGGUCAAUCUGGAAAUGAAGAAUCGCUUUAGUGAGUCAAAUACAGAUUUACUCGCUUGCUUAGCUUGCCUUGAUCCUAAAGAUAAUUUUUCCAAUUUCUGUGAGUCAAAGCUACUCAGUCUUGCGGAGUUAUAUUCAUCUGAUUUUUCAGCUGUUGAGCAAAUGGAGCUUAAAGAACAACUCCAAGUUUGGAUAUAUGAGAUGAGAGGAAAUGAAGCAUUUUCCACUUUACAAAGUAUUGGUGAAGUGUCUAAGAAGAUGGUUGAGCUUAUAAUUCACAAAUCUUUUCACUUGGUCUAUGGUCUUAUUGAGUUGGCUCUAGUGUUACCAGUUGCAACAGCCACAGUUGAAAGAGCUUUCUCAUCGAUGAAUAUUAUCAAGACAGAUCUUCGCAAUAAGAUGGGAGAUGACUAUCUUACGGAUUGCUUAGUAUGCUACAUCGAAAGAGACAUUUUUCAAGCAAUUGAUAAUGAAGCUAUUAUGCAGCAUUUUCAAAAUAUGAAAACUCGUAGGAUUGAUUUGCCUAGGUUGCAGAAGUAAAUCAAGUAGUAUGUAAUGAACUAUAAUUUUUUGUUAAAUUAUUACGCUAUUGUUGUUCUUAUUAUAUUUUGGACACGAACUUUAAAAUUUUUAGUCUUUGGUUUGCCCCUCCUUGGACAAACCUCUGGCUCCGCCACUGUAUGCAUCUCUGAGUUUGUCAACACAGGGCAAAGAGGGAGCUGUAUGGGUUAAGGAUGCAUCCAUAUGGGGAAAUCGAUGUUCUUACCGUUGUCAAACAACUUUGAACGGCUGAUAAUCCAGAGCUAGGCAGACUGUUCAUUCAUUCGAUAGUGAAGUCUGAGAUGUUUAAAUAUCUUCCGCAUGCGGCAGUUGCGAGAGUCAUCGCGGCUGGAUUUUGUCCGACGCACUAAUGGAAGAACUGAAGUAGAGGUUGGGAGAAGUUCGUUGAACUUGGGAUGCAAAAGUGUGGAGAACCCGACAGUUGGCGAUGUAGGAGGCUGUCACUCUGUCAGGAGGUUGUGACCGCUGCUGACCUGUGAGAGUUGGUUCUGGAAGGGUCUUCCGUUUUGUACAUUCUAAUAGUUAGCAUUAGAUUCAACAGGUAUGUAUGUAUAUUGGAUUCAAUAAGCUCUUCUAGGAGUGUUGAUGGGUUUAUUUUAUUUGGGCUUACUUUACCCUUAAAUAAAUGAGCUAUUCAUGAAUGGCCCAUCCAAAUAUUAGGUAAUUAGAUGUCAUAAAUUAAAUGGGCUGAUGUAGAUUGAUCACGUGAUUUUGACUUUAAUGAAAUGGUUUGAAAAUUAAAUAUGAA